AUGGCUAAACAACGCAUCGCGCAGUCAACCAAUAAGACUGCAACCACUACCUCGAAACCGAAAUCUUCCUUUUCCAAGGUCACCAAGUCUUCCACAACCAAGAUGCCAAAGGCGAGCGGAAAAGCCACCAAGGCUAAGGGCCGUGGUGCCGAAAAGAAGAAGAAGGACCCCAAUGCUCCCAAGCGCGGUCUCUCUGCCUACAUGUUCUUCGCCAAUGAGCAGCGCGAGACCGUUCGCGAGGAGAACCCUGGCAUUAGUUUUGGCCAGGUUGGCAAGGUGCUCGGUGACAAGUGGAAAGCCUUGAGCGACAAACAGCGCGAACCGUAUGAGAAGAAGGCCGCUGCCGACAAGAAGCGAUAUGAAGACGAAAAGGCGAAAUACAAUGCUGGCGAAGACGACGACGAUGAGGACUAA